AUGAAACAUGUCGCCAAGGCAACCAAACCACAGAAAGCCUGUCAAUGCAGCAGAGCCCCAGAGACCCAGAGCCUACAGCUGUCUCUCACCCUGCAGGACCGUCUCCAGCAGUAUUAUUCAACCAGAGCAGCUUUAGCCCCAGAGGUCGUCCACAGAGCUGAGAGUCUAGCUCUAGAUAUCUGUAUAGAGGUACAAGGAUUCCUGCACAGCACAAACCCUGACAUGCCUCUGGGAGAGAUGUCACUGGGAGGGUCCCUGCUCGACGACCUACAGGUGGUGAGAGCGGACCAUGCGUGCCUGCUGGUUCCCCUCCAGCUAGAACCCAGUCUGUGGAGACUGAUCCCUGGGGAGGAGACUCUCCUAACACACCCUCUACACUGGAUGGUCCGGCGGGUCAACCUGGAGUACUUCCCUAGAGGACGCAGCUACUGGGACCGGUUCCUAGUAGGAGGGUAUCUGUCCUGCCGGGCGCUGGUGAGCAUGCUCAGUAAGGCUGUGAUGGAAACCAUGAACUGGCCGUCUCUCUCCUCCACUCUGGACUGUCUGGUCAGGCCUGUCCUCGGGGGAGAUGAACUGAAACUAGAGAUACGACCAGAGCGAGGUGAUACUCUCUUCAUCUCCGUAGUGCCGGUGCUGAGGGAGGCAGACGUGGUCCUGACUGCCCAGGUAGAGUUAACCCAGCCCUGGGAUAGUGCCUGGCACCUCUCCCUCUACCCCUGGGAGACCCAGCGCCUGACCCAGCUUGACUCCGCUGACCAGGGGGUCCGACGCGCCCUCCUCAAAACCCUCAAAGCCGUCUGUCGACACUGUCCCGCCCUGCGACCCCUCACCGCCGCACCGCUGGCCAACCUCAUCCUCCACCUCAGCGACAAGGACGUGGAUUGGUCGGAGGGUUGUCUGAGUGGGCGGUUCCAGCAGUGUGUGUGGGAGCUGAUAGGCUAUCUGGAGCAGGGGGUGUUACCUAGCUACUUCAAGCCCAGUGUUAAUAUGUUGAACGGAGUGACGGAGGAAGAGGUCGAUGAGAUGGGCUUUAUGUUGUACUGCGCCGUCUCUGAACCAGACAUUCUGCUGAUAUAGAUAUAUAUAUAUACUUUAACCUGGUGUAUAUAUCAGAGAGGAAGAGGAUGAUGAGAUGGGGUUUAUGUUGUACUGCGCCGUCUCUGAACCAGACAUUCUGCUGAUAUAGAUAUAUAUAUACUCUAACCUGGUGUAUAUAUCAGAGAGGAAGAGGACAUGUAUUAGAUAUAAGAGACACCACCCUGACGUCUAUAGAUCAGUUGUGCCAUAUUACCGCUCCACUGAGACGUGGACGAGAGAUUGUUGUUCAGGCAGUCGUGCAGUCUGCAUCUCCUUCACAUACACCUGUGGGGGCUGACUGACUAAACAGAGAUCAUUUAUAUAUUGUGUAUGAGUACUAUGGUGUGGAUGAGUUGAUGGGGGCUCUGACUGAGCAGCACAGAGACUGAUGAUGAUGAUGAUGGACUGUGCCUUAGGGGAAGUAGAUGAGGGAAGGAAGAAAUGAAAGGAAGACUAGGGCUGCGUUUUACACAGACACCCAAUUCUGAUCAUUUUGGGGGAAGAAUCAGGUUACCUGUGUUAAAUGCAGCCUUUAGUGACGGAGACUUGGCUUUCUCCUGCUGUGGACUAUAUAUCUAGAUCUAGUACAUCUCUGUCCAAAAGGCUGUUUCAGAAUGGCCUGCGCCAUUGAGGCUACAACCCAUAGGAAUCCCCCACCCUAGUUGACUACUUUAAAAUGGUGGAAGCCCUCAAUGGACUAUAUAUCUAGAUCUAGUACAGCUCUGUCCAAAAGGCUGUUUCAGAAUGGCCUGCGCCAUUGAGGCUACAACCCAUAGGAAUUCUCCACCCUAGUUGACUACUUUAAAAUGGUGGAAGCCCUCAAUGGACUAUAUAUCUAGAUCUAGUACAGCUCUGUCCAAAAGGCUGUUUCAGAAUGGCCUGCGCCAUUGAGGCUACAACCCAUAGGAAUUCUCCACCCUAGUUGACUACUUUAAAAUGGUGGAAGCCCUCAAUGGGCGCCACCCAUUCUAAAACUGCAUUUUUUGGGGGGUCAUUGAAAGGCCUGGAUCAUUCUCUAUGGGCCGACUGGAUGACACAAGGUAACAGAGUUAGCACCAGUUACCACAGCCACAAAGUGAUAAUCAUGUCUAAAAUCCCUCCGCCAAUUUCUCUUCUUAAAAGCAGAUUUUUAAACCUGUUUAAUGACGUCAUUAUAUGCACCUUCUACUGAAUAAAGUGCUCACCUUCUCUUUUCAUCAUGUUGUGUGUGUUUUGCGUUUGCUGCGGUUGUUUUUAAGUUGAAGAGUGACUUAAAUAAAUGUUUUCUGCUGAA